AUGGAGGAUUUGUGUACCGCAGAGGGAACAGAUGAGGUUGUUCCAUGGUUCAAUGGGAAGCCAGCGAGACUGGGAGGCCAUACUGGAUCUGGUGCUGGGCAAAGAACCAGGUCGGGUGUCAGAUCUCUCGAUGCUUCAGCUGCGAUUUCUCAACGGGGGCUUCAGCCUCCUGAGGGUGAAACGGAUUUCCGUAUUCAGUGCUGCUUGGCAGAGCAGUCACAAUGUGGACUACAAGCCCAUCAAGAAAGUGAUGGUGGCAAAUCGAGGGGAGAUUGCCAUCAGGGUCUUCCGAGCUUGCACUGAGCUAGGGAUCCGGACCGUGGCUGUCUACUCGGAACAGGACACCGGGCAGAUGCAUCGGCAGAAGGCUGACGAAGCCUAUCUGAUUGGAAAAGGACUGCCCCCUGUUCAAGCCUACUUGCACAUCCCGGACAUCAUUAAGGUGGCCAAGGAAAACGAAGUGGAUGCGAUCCACCCGGGCUACGGGUUCCUGUCGGAGAGGGCUGACUUCGCUCAGGCCUGCGUGGACGCUGGUGUGCGCUUCAUUGGGCCUCCCCCCGAGGUGGUGCGGAAAAUGGGCGACAAGGUGGAAGCUCGUGCCAUUGCCAUUGAAGCAGGUGUUCCAGUUGUACCUGGAUCCUCAGCGCCUGUAACAUGCCUGACCGAAGCCCAGGAGUUUGCCGACGCAUAUGACUACCCAAUCAUGUUCAAAGCCGCUUACGGAGGAGGUGGCAGAGGGAUGAGAGUGGUCCGGGACUAUGAGGAGCUGGAGGAGAACUACCAGCGUGCUUACUCUGAGGCCCUGUCUGCUUUUGGAAAUGGAGCCCUGUUCAUCGAGAGGUUCAUCGAGAGGCCGAGACACAUUGAAGUACAGAUACUCGGUGAUAAGUACGGGAAUGUGGUCCACCUGUACGAGAGGGACUGCUCCAUCCAGCGGCGCCACCAGAAGGUAGUGGAGAUCGCGCCCGCGGCCCAGCUGGACCAGCAGCUCAGGGACCGGCUCACCUCCGACGCCGUCAAAUUGGCCAAACGGGUGGGCUACGAAAAUGCCGGCACGGUGGAAUUUCUAAUCGAUAAGCACGGCAAGCACUUCUUCAUCGAGGUCAACUCCAGGCUUCAAGUAGAGCACACUGUUACUGAAGAAAUUACUGAUGUUGACCUUGUCCACGCCCAAGUGCACAUCACCGAGGGCAGGAGCCUACCCGAGCUGGGCCUGAAGCAGGAUGGCAUCCGAAUCAACGGCUGUGCCAUCCAGUGCCGAGUGACGACGGAGGAUCCAGCGCGAGGCUUCCAACCGGACACCGGCCGCAUCGAGGUUUUCCGCAGCGGAGAAGGGAUGGGGAUCCGCUUGGACACCGCCUCCGCGUUUCAGGGUGCAGUGAUCUCACCGCAUUACGACUCGCUGCUGGUCAAGGUCAUCGCUCACGGCAAAGAUCACCCGACCGCAGCCUCCAAGUUGAACCGAGCCCUCGCUGAGUUCAGGAUUCGAGGCGUGAAGACGAAUAUCCCGUUCCUGCAGAACGUUCUGAGCAACGACCAGUUUCUCUACGGCACCGUGGACACUCAGUUCAUCGACGAAAACCCCGACCUCAUCCUGCUGAGGCCCGUGCAGAACCGGGCCCAGAAACUGCUGCACUACCUGGGCCACGUGAUGGUGAACGGGCCAGUGACUCCAAUCCCCGUCAAGGCGAAACCCUCUGCUGUGGACGCCGUGGUCCCCCAGGUCCCUCUGGGUGGUCCACCGGCCGGUUUCCGCGACAUUCUGCUGACGGAGGGUCCCGAGGGCUACGCGAAGGCAGUGCGGAACCACAAGGGGCUUCUCCUGACGGACACCACCUUCCGAGAUGCCCACCAGUCACUCCUGGCAACCCGGGUCCGCACACACGACCUCAAGCUCAUCUCCCCCUUUGUGGCUCACAACCUGCACCAGCUGUUCAGCAUUGAGAACUGGGGAGGUGCGACCUUCGACGUGGCGAUGCGCUUCCUCUACGAGUGCCCCUGGAAGCGGCUGCAGGAGAUGCGAGAGCUCAUCCCCAACAUCCCGUUCCAGAUGCUGCUGCGGGGUGCCAACGCCGUCGGCUACACCAACUACCCCGACAACGCCGUCUACAAGUUCUGUGAGGUGGCAAAGGAGAAUGGGAUGGACAUUUUCCGUGUCUUCGACUCCUUGAACUUCCUGCCCAAUAUGAUCCUGGGCAUGGAGGCAGCGGGAAGUGCUGGCGGUGUCGUGGAGGCUGCCAUCUCCUACACCGGCGACGUCUGCGACCCCAGCAGGACCAAGUACACGCUGGACUACUACCUCAGGCUGGCCGACGAGCUGGUGCAAGCCGGCACACACAUCCUCUGCAUCAAGGACAUGGCGGGGCUGCUGAAGCCGAACUCGGCCAAGCUGCUGGUGCGAGCGCUACGGGACCGCUUCCCGGACAUGCCGCUGCACAUCCACACACACGACACGGCCGGGGCGGGCGUGGCCGCCAUGCUGGCAGCGGCCGAGGCGGGAGCAGAUGUGGUGGACGUCGCCGUAGACUCCAUGUCGGGGAUGACCUCCCAGCCCAGCAUGGGGGCUGUGGUCGCCUGCACCAAGGGCACACAGCUGGAAACAGGCAUCAACCUGGAGAAUGUCAGUGACUACAGCGAAUACUGGGAGGUGACCCGGCAACUCUACGCACCGUUCGACUGCACUGCCACCAUGAAGUCCGGCAACUCGGACAUCUACGAGAACGAGAUUCCCGGCGGGCAGUACACCAACCUGCACUUCCAGGCCCACAGCAUGGGGCUGGGCAACAAGUUCAAGGCCGUCAAGAAGGCCUACACUGAGGCCAACAAGCUGCUGGGAGACUUGAUAAAGGUCACUCCGUCGUCGAAGAUCGUGGGCGACUUGGCCCAGUUCAUGGUGCAGAACAACCUCAGCCGGGAGGACGUGGAGACGGAGGCUGAGGACCUGUCCUUCCCGCAGUCCGUGGUGGAGUUCCUGCAGGGGUACAUCGGCAUUCCGCACGGGGGGUUUCCCGAGCCAUUCCGAUCCAAGGUAAGGUCGCAGCUCCACCAACACAGGCUUCACGAUUGUAUGCGGUGACAUAUGUGUUUGGCA